UCGCAUGUCCAAGCCCGUGAGCCCAAUUCAACGUGAACGGUCUGUGCUUUUGAGGUAGCAAGCAAAAACGAUUUUUGCUUUCAGUCUAUAUUUUGAACUCGGUGCGGUAACAACUUGGAAAAUAAGUGCAGUAUCAACGGUUGUAUAUACAUGUGUGUCUACAUAUAUGUAUAAUAAUUUAAAGAAAAUAUUUUACUCUUUGCUGUGUGUGGUGAUGGCCAUUUCUGUUAUUGGGACGUGGAACAGCAACUGACGGAGCAAGGGCGAGGAGAGAUACCUAUAUAUAAACUGUGGAGGUAGAAAACAUGUUGUUGUUUAUGCACCCGUUCUAUCGUAUAUAGCAAAAGCAAUAAACUCUUCACUCUCGCAAACAGUGAAAAAAAUGAUUGUCGAUAAAGUCAAAGGCAGCACGGAACGUCGACGACAGUGCAGGGAAGAAAAGACGAUGGUGAAGCAGUGCACAUACAAAUGUAUAUGAAUUUGAAUGUACAUACAUUUGUGAAUACAUGCACAAAGUAUAUCAAAGCACAUAUGUAAAAUACCAUAAUGAACAAUAUGCAUAUAAAGUAUAUGGAUACAAUAUAUCAGCACAAAAUUAUAAAAACUAUUGAGUUAACACGUACAACUUGUGAAUAUUACAUUGGAAAAGAAUUGAACUAAAAAAUUAAAAAAAACGUAUAAUUUAUUGUAGCUAUAAACGAACCAUUGCAACAAUACAUAAAUUAAGCCCAAUAUUGUUUCGUAAUUAAAUUGUAACCGCAGUAGUUUCUUCGGUAUUUGUGAAAAAUUCUACGGGUACUUACAUGUAGUACAUAACAACGAGUAGCAGACGAAGAAUUCGACGAGCACCUUUUAAGUGAAAAAUAUUCCUUGAAGCGGCCAAGCAAAACCGAGCAGAGAGAAAGUGACAAUUGCUGUAGUCGGAAGCGAAGCUUUAAGAGUGCCGUAAGCUCACGGCAAUUUCGGUCAGCAACCUAUUUCCCUGUUGUGAAUAACAUUCCACUCAGAAAAGGGAAAGCAAAAACGUUUAGCCACGACCAUAAGCUGAAACACAACCGUCAGUUUAUUUUAGUUUUAUUUUUACUUUGAUAUCGUGUAACGGAAUUAAAUUGGCUAUAACACGAAAGGACACAAGUGUUGCGAGGGCAUGUUUAGUGUGAUCGAAAGAGCGGUUAAGUGUCGUCUAUGGCCGAAUCCGUUAACAGUCAAUCGCUCUCUGCAGUGACGGAGGGGCACGACGACAGCACCACAAUAGCGAGUACGGCGCCAGCUACAACCACAUCCACAACAGCCGCAGAAGCGGCUUCAACUAAAACGCGUCGCAGCAGACAAUUAAAACAGAAGCAACAAACACAAAAUUCUCCGCUGCAUAAACAAAUUAAGCUACAUUCUUAUAGCAAUAAAAAUAAUAACCAGCAACAACAAACAAACGGCAGUGACGGAAGUUUCGCCAGUGGUAGCAAAAGUAGCUCUAAUAAACCUCAACAGCUACAGCAACAGAAAUCAGCACACACAUCAGCACCAACGUCAAGCAAGUCGUCGGCUGUGGAAAUCGUGAGUAGCAGUGGAAAAAAGCGUGCACAUAGCAAAAAUCGCUCCCCAGCAAUUGGCAGUGGUAGUAGUCCCAACACUAGCAUCAGCAGGAGUCACUCGAGCAAACGUGCAUCGUCCCGUGGAGCUUUGAAUAAUAGUGGUACUACAACAGAGGCUGCUUCAUUCAGUGUCCAGGUUGGAGUCGCACGCAGUGAUCGAAAACGCCACCACGAUCAGCAUCAAUUAAAGCGAACAACUUCAGCAUUAGCAUCUACUUCAGCUUCAGCCACAGUUACAGCUGCUGUCUCAACUACAACCACAACAUUAACUUCACAAGAGAGGAAAAAUAACGAUUCAAGUUCGCCACUUAAGAAGCGCCGUUAUAAUUCUAACUUAUCAGCGACCUCAUCAACGUCAACACCUAUUCCAACAACAACAACUGCGCACUACAACAGUUUCACAACUUCGUCAGGUCUCGAUUCGGGAUCAACAGAAGCACCAGCUUCCACAUCCACAGGUGCCAAUCAGGGUGAUUGUGUUGCACAGCGCACACGCUCCAAGACACUUACCACUGAAGACGCCCACAAUCUUGGUCGCACUACAUCCAAUCAAAGCUACAGGCAUUCAUUACCAUUUGCAUCGGCACCCAAAAGACACGCACGUCGUAGGGGCAGCAGCUUAAACAAAGUCAAAACUGAUAAUAUUAACUUCAACCAGACAGCGACAGCGUCAGCAGCAGCAGUAGAAUCAACGUCGGCUGCAGCACCACGCACCAGUUUCAGCGCCAGUAGUAGCAGCGGUAGUAGCAGCAGCAGCAGCAGCAGCGGCAACGGCAACAUAAAAAGUAACUUACUUAAUUAUUUUCGCAAAACACGUAAAAUCAGUCACAGUCGUACUGCAGCGCACAGCAAACGAGGAACAGCAACUCUCGACGCAGGUGACAACGCCGCCGAUAAUAGCAGCGAUAACAACCAGCGUCAAUAUCAACAACAACAGCAGCAAGAAAAGCAAACUCGUAAGCUCAACACAACCGCCACCGCUGAGGGUAGGCAACACAAGGCAAAUUCAAAACAGAAUAAAAAUCUUCAGAGUGGCGCAAACAUAGCUACAACUUCAUCGUCGUCUGGCACACGUAAAAGUGAAUGUGGUAGUGGAGAUAAGCGACAACAACAGCACCAGGCUCAACCGUCUCAACAGCACAACACUCGCCGCUUCCUAUCAGUCGUAGGAGGUCGCAUUAAAUUUAACGCGAAAUCGACAGCUGCAUCAGCUGAGACAACAACAACAACAAAUACAAAAGCAAAUCCACAUUCAAAUUCAAAUCAUAGCGCAGCUUCAACUGCCACAGCCGUAGCAGUUAGCAGCUCAGGCAGUAGUGGACAGUCGGGAAGUCGCACCACUUCAGCAGCCACUGGUAGUGGUGCUUCAGCCAGAGUCGACAGAUAUUGCAAAUAUCGCAAGAGCUUACGCAAUUAUCAUCAACUGAUAUCGUUUUCGAACGACGCAAAUACUGCUAUCGAAAGCAACAACACAAAUACGAACGUAAGCGGCAGUUCGUCUACCGCCAAUAACGCCUCCAACGCAUCGACCGCAUCCAACGCUAAUUCAGUUGACGAGAGUGUUUUAAACGGUGGUGGUGUAAUAACUGUUGGUGCUAUUAACGCCAGCGAGGAGGAAGAAGAAAACUCUGAAGAUAACGUUGAGAUCUACGACGACGACGGCGACGAAGAAGAAGACGGCGACGAUAACGAGGCGGCUGAUUUAGAGGACGAUUCGAUUGUAGCCGAAGGUGACGUCGUUAUACGCGGCGACGGUGACGUUGGGGACGACGACGAAGAAGAAGAGGAGGACGUCGACGACGAAGACGACGAUAUCGACGAAGAGGAGGAAGAAGACGACGACGAUAUCGUUGAAGAAGAGGAAGAAGACGAAGAACUAGCUACAGAGGAUUCUGAGGAAGCUGUUGAAGGACGCCUUGCUGGCACAGCACCCAUUACCGGCGCACCGCUUAUCUACCAGCAGCAGCAUCAGCAGCACCCGCAGCAGCAGCAGCAAGCACCGCCGCCGCCCGCGCAGCAGCCGCAGCAUCAACAAAUAGCGCAACAGCCACCGUUGCAUAUACAGCUCAGUGGACGUUAUCAUCACUCGAAUCCGCAUUUGCACCAGCAGCCUCCUCCAACUGUGCCAGCGCUACCGUUGCCCCUCACACACAUACAAACCCAAGCACAGCCACUGCACCGCAUUCCACAUCCGCCGCCUACAGCAUCAGCGGCGGCAGCAGCAGCAGCAGCAGCAGUAGUAGCUUCUGCCCAACAUCAUCAAAUACAUCCGGCGACAAUUGAUAUUGGACUAGGCACCGGCUUGGUUGUUGAUCGUUCUUCGGCUGCUACACCCUCUUUUACGCCACACUUGAACGCACAAAUCGCAGCGCAGCACAGUUACGGGCAAGGUCGCACAGUAGUCGCGGCAGCCGAAGUGGUAGGCUCCAGCUCAACGGCAGGCACAUCGACGGCGGCGGCGACAUCGUUACAUUCUUCACAUUCGCUCAGGCGCAGUUCACGAAGCAAAACGGGUUCUUGCGUCAGCUCGGCAGCGCAACACGGCAGUGGCAGCGGGAGUGGAAGCUGCGCCAGCGGAAGUGGUAUUGGAAGUAGCAGCGCUCUGGGAGGAAUACAACUCAACGCUGCACUCGUAUCGGCGCCAACGCUAUUAGCAGCAACGAGUGGUGGUAGUGGCAGCGGCAACGUUGGCUGCGGCGGCAGUGCCACGCUAAUGACAGCUGCCGCUGCCAUGGGGAACCAUCAUCAAUAUCAUAUCCAACACCCGCACCACGCGCCCGCGCAUGCUCACCUUCAUCAGCAUCAGCCGCACCAUCAUCAACCGCAACCGCAGCAACAACAUCAUCACAUGCUCCAUCAUUCGGUUGCUGCCGCACCAGGAGGUGCCGUGGUUGUUGCCAUUGCUACAUCACAAAAUCAAAAUCAAAGCAAUACUGCAACGUUAUUGCAUCCGCAACAACAGGCGCAUCAUCGUGGCGCCACUAUCGUGCAACCCGGUUUCCUCUAUAAUUACCGGGCAACUGCUGCCAAUGCACAUUUGAAUGCUGCGAUGUCUUCAUCGUCGUCAUCGUCGAGUCACCUCGUUGGUGCGUCGUCUGCGAGUGCUGCCGCCAUCGCCACCGCUAAUGCCAACACUACCACCGCUGCUGCCAACACCGCUAGCGUCGCCACUGUCGCAACGAAUAGUAGCCACAUAAAUAUGAAUGCGCAUAAUAAAGCGAGCGCUUCUGCGGAUGCGUUAAGUUAUAGUUUAAUGGCACAACAACCGCCGACUGGACCGCCGAAUACAGGUGGACAAUCGACCACAGCUAACCUCAGCGUCUCUACCGCCUUGGGCGCCGCCAACACAAAUCUAGCAAAUAACGCAAGUGCGGGAGCUGGUGCGGGUGCCGGUGUGGGCACCGCUUCUGCUGCCGCGACGGCCACAAAUACUGGGGGAACAGGCGCGACCACUGCCGCCACUUCGCACGCCGACUCGGAGAGCGAUGACAGCGAAGUGGGGCGUCUACAGGCGUUAUUGGAGGCGCGUGGCCUACCGCCGCAUCUCUUUGGAGCGUUGGGACCACGCAUGACCCACAUCUUACAUCGCACCAUUGGCAAUAGCAGUUCGUCGAAGGCGCAACAGUUGUUGCAAGGCUUGCAAUCGCACGAUGAGAGUCAACAGCUGCAGGCCGCUAUCGAGAUGUGUCAAAUGCUAGUGAUGGGCAAUGAGGACACGCUAGCCGGCUUUCCAAUCAAGCAGGUGGUACCGGCGCUGAUUACGCUGCUGCGUAUGGAAAACAAUUUCGAUAUUAUGAACAAUGCGUGUCGUGCUCUCGCCUACAUGUUGGAGGCACUCCCGCGUUCCUCAGGUACAGUUGUCGAAGCAGUGCCGGUAUUCCUUGAAAAAUUGCAAGCCAUUCAAUGCAUGGAUGUUGCGGAGCAGAGUUUGACAGCACUCGAGAUAUUAUCGCGUCGUCAUAACAAAGCGAUACUGCAAGCCAAUGGCGUCUCGGCAUGUCUGACCUUCCUAGAUUUCUUCUCGAUCAAUGCACAGCGUGCAGCGCUAGCUAUUACGGCGAACUGUUGUCUAAAUCUGCACCCGGAGGAAUUUCACUUUGUCGCGGAGAGUUUACCGCUUUUGGCUCGUUUGUUGUCGCAGCAAGACAAGAAGUGCGUUGAGAGCGUUUGCUCGGCGUUUUGUCGUUUGGUAGAGAGCUUCCAGCAUGAUCCUAAGCGGUUACAAGAGAUCGCUAGCAAGGAGUUGCUUAAAAAUUGCCAGCAAUUGUUGGUUGUUACACCAACUAUACUGAACACCGGCACGUUCACAUCCGUCGUACGCAUGUUGAGCCUGAUGUGUGGCAACUGCCCUGAUCUGGCCAUUUCGCUUCUGAAGAACGACAUUGCAUCGACACUGCUUUACUUGCUUACUGGCAAUGCAGAGCCCAACACAUCGACCACGUCGCAUGUCGAGCUCAUAACACGCUCCCCAUCUGAGCUGUACGAGAUAACUUGUUUGAUUGGCGAACUAAUGCCGCGGCUGCCUACAGAUGGUAUUUUUACAGUGGACACACUGUUGGAUCGUCCCACACUCAACACUCAGGACCAAGUGCAAUGGCAGUGGCGUGAUGAUCGUGGCACUUGGCAUAACUAUUCGACCAUUGAUUCGCGUAUGAUUGAGGCGGCACAUUUGAAUUCGGAUGACGAGUUCAGUUUGAGUACAUUGGGUCGUACAUACACCGUCGACUUUCAUUCAAUGCAGCAGAUUAACGAAGACACUGGCACAACGCGUCCAGUGCAGCGCAAAAUUAAUCCAAAUUAUGUGCCACCGCCACCACCACCGACUGCAGCGGCUUCAUCAGCUGGGCAGGAUUUGUCAGCUUCUGCGGUGGCCACAGCAAUUACAGCGUUAACCAGCACAGUAGCGAACACAGCGGCAAGCACAUCAGCACAGUCCAGCACACCCAGCACGGCUCCAAAUACGCCUGGCACCAGCAGCGCUCAACAGCGUCGACGCGCAUCGGUGGAUGCACGCAUCGCUUGUCUCAAGGAGGAACGCGGUUUAGCUGCGGAGUUCAUCAAGAACCUCUUCAACGUACUUUACGAAGUGUAUAGCUCCUCUGCUGGCCCUAAUGUACGCUACAAAUGUUUGCGCGCGCUGUUGCGUAUGGUUUACUAUGCCACACCCGAACUUCUGCGAGAUGUGCUAAAGAAUCAGUUGGUCUCCAGUCACAUAGCUGGCAUGAUGGGCAGCAACGAUUUGCGCAUAGUGGUUGGCGCACUGCAGAUGGCCGAGAUUUUGAUGCAAAAGCUGCCAGACGUGUUCGGCACACACUUCCGACGCGAGGGUGUAAUUUAUCAGAUCACGCAGCUCACCGAUCCCAACAAUCCUAUUUGUGCCAAUCCCUCACCCAAGCCGUUACCAGGCACUAGUGGGGGUUCCCAGAGUGCACCUCCAUCUGCGUCCGGUCUGCAGGUGAACCCGUUUUUCAUGGACAGCACGGCGUCAACAUGCGGCUCAACAACAGCGGGCAACUCUACUCCCAAUUCGUCGAAACCAGGUGCGAGCCAAGGCCAUCACCACCAAUACACAGUGAAAAGCUUUUCACAUGCAAUGAGCACCUUAACUGCCAACGCAUCGACUCCUGGCAAUGGUCAAAAAGUCACCUUGGCAAUGCCACCAAGCAGCAGUGGUCCUCUGCUAAUGUCACAACUGCCUGCUGGUAGUGUGCAGCCACGUCAGCAAUCCACUGGGUCGCUUGCGCUUACGAUUAACUCCAGCACAGGUAUCACACCACCUGUUGCUGUGAUUGGCGGCGCUGGCCCGGCGACCGAGUUGCAUUAUCAUUACAGCAGCUCUGCUCCGCCGGCUGCUGGACCACCCACGCACACACAUCUUGCACAGGCACCGAACUUCUUUGUUUACUCCACUAGCGCUGCUGCUCCGCCAUUACCGCCCGGUGAUCCCCGGCAAUACGUGCACGGCCACUUCCACCAUCCGCCACCGCACUUUCAGCCUCAUGCUCCACCACCACCAGCCACACAUCAUGUCGAAAUAAUGCCGUCAUCAUCUGGUGCGGCCGUUAGCAGCAAUCCACCAACAGUAAUGGCACAUCCGCCACCUCAGCAGCAUCUGCCACAAGUGGUGUUCGCGCCGACACCAAGCGGGUGCGAUCCACACUAUCAGAGCAAUAGCGGCAAUAGUGGUGUAGCGGCCACAAGCACAGGCUCAUCCACAGCUUCAUCUUCGUCCGCUUCUGCGUUGCAACACAAGAUGUCCGAUAUGUUGAAGCGCAAGGUCCCACCGAAACGGAAAUCACAAUCUAGCAGUCGCUCAAAGUCGCGCCAGGAAGAAGGAGGCGGCUCCUCCACAUCUUCAAUGCACGAUUUGCUGAGUCGUGCUACAAGUCUUGGCAGCGGCACCGGUCGCAGCACACCCAGCGCCAGCAGUAGCAAAUCACGCUUCAGCGGCGGCGGCGGGGCUACCAGCAGUGCCGGCACUAGCAGCAGUGGAAGUAGUUCGACGAAAACUUCAUUCCUCGCCUCGCUGAACCCCGCACGUUGGGGACGCCAAGGAUCUCACCAUAGUUCAUUUACCAAAGAUGCGGCCAGUUCAAACCACACCGGCAGCGGCAGCAACAACAGUGGCAGCGCUGUUAGUGCAGCACAUUCUGCCAGCCACAGCGCGGGCAGUGCCGCGAAUAGCAUUAGCAAGAGCAUAUCCAAUGCGAACCUCAUUGCAGCAGGCAAUCGUGAGAAGGCACGCCAAUGGGUGCGAGAACAAGCCAUUGCGUUUGUAAAACGUUAUGCCGAACAAGAGAACGCGAAAGCAGAGGGUUGUGCCGGCGGUAACAGCGGCUCAGCUAGCGCCACAAGCGGCGGCACCAACGUGCUGCAACGGUUAUCCACCAUUAUCUUCAAGCUAAAUGGUAGCUUCCAAGAUUGCUUAGAUGCGCUGCUUGAAUUGAAAACUAUUUUACUAGAAAGUGAUAUUUCACCAUUUGAAGUGAAUCACUCAGGUCUUAUCAAGGCAAUGCUGAAUUUCAUGACUUGCGAAGAUGGCAUCGUGGAACGAGAUGCGCGCUUGCGGGCAUUUAUGCACGUAUUCGCUGGCUUGCCGUUGGAGCCAUUAAAGAAGGUGGGACAAAUGCCGAACAUUGAUGCUGUAGCAUUCAAUGCAUUCGUUGCGAAACUAAAUGGUUGCGUCACUCAGCUGGAACAGUUCCCAGUGAAGGUGCACGACUUUCCCUCCGGCCCUGGCGGACGCUCCAAUACAAGUGCGCUUAAAUUCUUCAAUACGCAUCAACUGAAGUGUAACUUACAACGCCAUCCUGACUGCACGAAUCUCCGGCAAUGGAAAGGUGGCACCGUCAAAAUCGACCCUCUCGCCAUGGUGCAGGCGAUCGAGCGCUACCUGGUUGUGCGUGGCUAUGGCGGUAUACGCGGCGAUUCAGAUGAUGAUUCAGAGGAGGAUAUGGAUGACAACGUGGCCGCUGUUGUGAUGUCACAAAGUGGAUUCAAGCACAAAUUACAAUUCAUGAUCGGUGAUCACGUCUUGCCCUAUAACAUGACUGUCUAUCAAGCAGUUAAGCAGUUUUCACCUCUGGUGAAUGAUCAGUCGGAAACUGAUACAGACACCGAGACACCGCUGGGUAAUGCUAGCGUUUGGGUGCAACAGCAUACAAUUUAUUACCGCCCCAUGGAGGAAGAGGCGAGCAGCAGUAGUGUUAGUGCGACAACUAGUUCUACUGCAAGUCUAAAUGUUGGCAAACACUGUGGUGGUGCAUCCUCAUCGGCUGCAGCUGGCACUUCUGGCUCGGGACUGCAUACACCCACAUGUGGCACAUCAUCUUCUGGUACGUCCACGUCCUCAAAAAAGGGUAACAAAUCAUCGUCCAAGUUGUUGCGCAAGAAGACCGAAUUGUGGCAUGAGGGCAUAGCGCCCAGUACGGUGUCUGCACUUAAAGCUUUCCUUACCAACACACUGCCGCCCGAUGUGGUGACAGUGCAGGAUGCCUCGUUAGAUGCGCUAUGUAUGCUACGUAUAAUAAAUGCGCUCAAUCGGCAUUGGGAGCAGUUGUAUGGCUGCGUGCAUCGCCAGCACAUUGUGCCUCAGUCAGAAUUUGUGCAUCCAAAGAUCACAGCCAAGGCCAAUCGACAGCUACAAGAUCCACUUGUAAUCAUGACCGGCAAUUUACCGCAGUGGCUACCACAAAUUGGUAUGGCAUGUGCGUUCCUCUUCCCCUUUGAAACGCGCCAUUUGCUCUUCUAUGCAACAAGCUUUGACCGUGACCGCGCCUUGCAACGACUGUUGGAUACGACUCCUGAUCUGAAUGCAGCCGAAUCGUCGGAGCGUGUGGCACCACGCUUGGAUAGGCGGAAACGUGCCAUUUCACGCGAGGAUAUACUAAAGCAAGCUGAGCACAUUAUUCAAGACGUUGGCCAUUCGAAAGCAUUGCUCGAAAUACAAUACGAGAACGAGGUUGGUACUGGACUUGGCCCAACAUUGGAGUUUUAUGCCUUGGUCUCAGCUGAGUUACAGCGUUGUGACCUGGGCCUCUGGAAUGGUAGUGAUAGUUAUAAGCAGAACUCCUCCACUAUAGCGGAUGUAGUGAAAUCGAGCACCAGCGUACAGAUCGAUGAAGUGAGUGACGUGACGACAGCGCAACAAGAAGACAUCGUUACUGUUACAGCGGUAACGAACACAACAGUUGUGCAAGCAACUAACACAACAACAACAACUGCAAGUACAACCACCGUAACGCGUUCAAGUAGCAGAACUCAUCGCACUGGCGAUGGCCACCAUGGCGGUGCCAGUAAUAGCAGUGGUAGUGGCAUGGGCAUGUCUACACGUAGUCAUCAACAUCAUCAGCAACAACAACAACAACAUCAACAGGCGAUGGAUCAGGUUGGUGGCACAUCGUCGUCAAAUGAGAAUGCCUUGAAUAUGAUAAUUGAGCAACAAAUUGGCGGUGACGAAUUGCAACUACAUAAUAUAACGCAACAGCAGUUACAACAACAACACCAUAAUCUUUCGCCAUCCGAUGGCGGCGAUAGCACACCGCCUGAAAUCGGCGAGAGUAACUCCUCUGCGGUCACUAUAACGACAAACACAUCUGUGACAUAUGUAAAUUCACCACAUGGACUCUUUCCUAUGCCGCUGGGCAAAUCAUCAAAGUUGCCGCAUGUUUCAAAAUCUAAGGCGAAAUUCAAAUUCCUCGGAAAAUUUAUGGCUAAAGCUGUGAUGGACAGUCGAAUGCUGGAUCUACCUUUCUCAAUACCAUUUUAUCGUUGGCUACUAAAUGAAGAGCACUCAGUCGGUCUGGCCGAUUUGGCGCGUGUUGCGCCCGAAGUACAAAUCACAUUGGUACGUUUGCAGGAUGUGGUACAUGAACGUGAGCUAAUAUUAGCUGAUUCCAAUCUAGAUGCAAUGGAAAAGACUGAAAAGAUCGAAUCACUGGACUUGGAUGGCUGUCCCAUAGCUGACUUGGGAUUAGACUUUGUUUUACCCGGCUACGCUAACAUUGAGCUGUGUCGAGGUGGACGUGAUACGCCAGUAACAAUACACAAUUUACAUCAAUAUAUCUCAUUGGUGACAUAUUGGUUCCUCAUCGAAGGCGUCCAGAAACAAUUUGAGGCAUUGCGUGAAGGUUUUGACUCAGUGUUUCCGACGCAACGUCUGCGUAUGUUCUAUCCCGAAGAGUUGGAGAAUGUGUUUUGCGGUUCUGGGGCUAGCAACUAUCAGCGUUGGGAGAUUAAAAUGCUGCAAGAUUGUUGCCGUACCGAUCACGGUUUUACACAAGAUUCCCAAGCUAUACAACAUUUAUACGAUAUACUAUCAUCGUAUACUCGCGAUGAGCAACGAUUAUUCCUGCAAUUCGUUACCGGCUCGCCACGUUUGCCAACCGGCGGCUUCAAAUCGCUAACACCACAGCUAACCAUAGUGCGUAAAACGCUUGAUGGUAAUCAAAAUCCAAAUGAUUAUUUACCAUCGGUGAUGACAUGUGUGAACUAUUUAAAAUUACCCGAUUAUUCGAGUCGAGAAGUGAUGCGACAGAAACUGAAAGUUGCGGCAAAUGAGGGUAGCAUGUCGUUCCAUUUAUCGUAAAUACGCAAUGUUGCGAAACGAAGAAGUUGGCAAGUAAAAUGAUGUAAGUUAGCAAUCAAAUUGAAUAGUCGGGUGAUAUCGUUAAACCUGAGUUUAACAUGAAUAAAACUAGAAGUAACUGGAAAACUAUGCACCAAGCAAAGGAAACAUUUUGAAAAGCCAAAAACCAGUUAUAUGUACAGAAACAAAUAAACACACACACUCCCUUACAUACAUUGAUACACACCCACACAAACAUUUGAAAUAUAUUCUUAAUUACUGAAUUCAAUAUGAAAUAUGAAAUUAAUUUAAUGGAAAAAGAAUAAAUAAAAUAUAAAAUGGGAAUAAAACAUGUCAGACAAGAAAAUUUGAACUAUAAAAUUAGAGUCGAAGCAGAGUGUUUUUAACGCACAAGCGCAAACGUUACACAAGCAUACAUACUCCAUUCAUACUCAAGACGUGAAUACGCAAUAACGCAAAUUAUAAAAAUUUAUUGCGUUCAUACACGUUGAAGAGGAUGCGUUUGAAUGCGAGCGCAGGAUUUUGAAUAGAAAAUUUAUAUAAUCAAGCUACGAAGAAACUCGAGCGCUGGCUAACUAGAAAACUAGGCAGUGACUGCUUAUAAACGUUGUAUGUACUGUAAAUUCGUUGCAAAUACACAUACAAAAAAUGUAUAUUAACAUUGUGAUGAUAAUAUUUUUUAUGCAGUAUAGGAAGUAAAAUUAAGGGAAGUAAACGCGUAAAGAAUGGCAACAAAAUUUCGAAGCUAAAUAAUUAGGCAAGCCAAGGUUUAAAAAAUAAUGGCGAUGGAAAGAGUAGCAAACGUAAACGAUAGAUAAUCAAUCUUAUAGAUACUUGGACUUAUUAAAUUCAUAAUUCUUGUGGAGUAAUGAUAAAGCGGAGCUAGAUACAAAUAUGUUUUUUUUUUUUAUAAUGGCGAAGUGCUUUAAAUUUGUUUGUGUGAAGUAGUUGUGCUUAUUAUUAUUUUCGUUUAGCUUAUUAUUGAUUUAUACGAUUCAAAACUAAAUUUAGUGUUAUGUAACCGUUUUGUUAAUACAUAUGUACGUACACACAUACAUUUGUUCUUGAGCAAAUCUUCAUGUAUUUUUUCUAUUCUGUCACGUAUUUAUACCAACGACAAGUGUACAUGUAUUAUAGCUUAUAAUUAGCAGUCUUAUGUAUUGAUAUACUACAGGUACUUACACCUACAUAAAUUUGCAAGAGGAAAACACAAAAAGAGUUUUACAAAUUAGCUAAAAACACGUUUAGUUUUUGUAAUACCCGCCAGUAAUACUUGAAAUAUUCAUAACAUAUACAUAAUAUAUAUAAUCUUAACUAGCUGAAUGAAGAGAGAAAAUACAGCAUAGUUUUAGGCAAAGUUGCGUAUUCUAAAUGCAGAUACUAGUGAAGAGACAAAUGUGCGCAGUGGACAAACAGCAAUUUUAGUUUACUUUCCCGUGCUACUACAUGCGAGAAACAUAAAGUCAUACAUACUUCUAAGCAACUAUUAGCAACGAGGGUGUGGUGGCUCUUCAAUAGGGCAUAUGUGUGCAUAUACAUGUACAUAUGCAUAGGAACAUACAGAUAUUUCAUAUAAAUACCUAACAUAGCCGUUUAGCAAAAAGUGAAAGCAUACUUAUGCAUUCUUAUACACAUAUUCAUACAUACAAUAUGAACAUGCAAUCAAUUUAAGUGAGAUUUAGGCUAAGUGAAUAACAGGAUUAAUUCGUGCGCACGCUCGACCACAUAUUUCAAGUGUAUUAAUUGUAAAACAGUUAAAUCCAUAAAUAUUAGUGCCGAUUCGUUAGUUAAGCACAAAACCCAUUGGCUGAUUUCACAAGACACUACGAUACAUCAGCCGUGUCGCUGGCGUUUCUCUUAUUUUCCACUGCUGGCGUUUUGUAUUUUAGUAGUCCGUGUUCUAAAAUUUUUUAAUUUUUAAUGAUCUUUGUUGUUCUUUAACUUGCCUUAUCCUUAUCGUUUUUUGAGUUAAUGCAAUCACUUGUAAUUGUCCUUGAAUACGUUUUUUUUUUCGCUGGUCACCCAUUGCUAUUAUCAAUUUACCCGUACAUAUAUAUCUAGCUACGAAAUAUAAAAAUAUACCAAUCGUAGCAAAAAAAAAACAA